CCGCAGCCAUCCCCUCCGCAGCCCCAGCCGCCUGCUGCCGCCCCGCAGGCCGGGGAGGACCCCACGGAAACGAGCGACGCGCUGUUGGUCCUGGAGGGCUUGGAAUCGGAGGCCGAGAGCCUGGAGACUAACAGCUGCUCGGAAGAGGAGCUCAGCAGCCCGGGUCGCGGAGGAGGAGGGGGCGGCCGGCUGCUGCUGCAGCCCCCGGGCCCCGAGCUACCCCCGGUGCCCUUCCCCUUGCAAGACUUGGUCCCCCCGGGGCGCCUGAGUAGAGGCGAGCAGCAGCAGCAACCUCCCCCGCCCCCGCCUCCUCCGGGGCCCCUCCGGCCACUCGCGGGCCCUUCUCGGAAGGGCUCCUUCAAAAUCCGCCUCAGUCGCCUCUUUCGCACGAAGAGCUGCAACGGUGGCUCCGGCGGCGGGGAUGGGACCGGCAAGAGGCCUUCUGGGGAGCUGGCUGCCUCAGCUGCGAGCCUCACGGACAUGGGAGGCUCUGUGGGCCGGGAGCUGGAUGCCGGGAGGAAACCCAGGUUGACAAGAACUCAAAGUGCCUUUUCUCCGGUCUCCUUCAGCCCCCUCUUCACAGGUGAAACAGUGUCGCUUGUGGACGUGGACAUUUCUCAGCGGGGCUUGACCUCUCCGCACCCUCCAACUCCCCCUCCUCCUCCAAGAAGAAGCCUCAGCCUCCUAGAUGAUAUCAGUGGGACGCUGCCUGCAUCUGUCCUUGUGGCUCCGAUGGGGUCUUCCUUGCAGUCUUUCCCCCUACCUCCGCCUCCUCCACCCCAUGCCCCAGAUGCAUUUCCCCGGAUUGCUCCCAUCCGAGCAGCUGAAUCCCUGCACAGCCAGCCCCCGCAGCACCUCCAGUGUCCCCUCUACCGGCCUGACUCGAGCAGCUUUGCAGCCAGCCUUCGAGAGUUGGAGAAGUGUGGUUGGUAUUGGGGGCCAAUGAAUUGGGAAGAUGCAGAGAUGAAACUGAAGGGGAAGCCAGAUGGUUCUUUCCUGGUCCGAGACAGUUCCGAUCCUCGCUACAUCCUGAGCCUCAGUUUCCGAUCACAGGGUAUCACCCACCACACCAGAAUGGAGCACUACAGAGGAACCUUCAGCCUGUGGUGUCAUCCCAAGUUUGAGGAUCGCUGUCAAUCUGUUGUAGAGUUUAUUAAGAGAGCAAUUAUGCACUCCAAGAAUGGGAAGUUUCUCUAUUUCUUAAGAUCCAGGGUUCCAGGAUUGCCACCGACUCCUGUCCAGCUGCUCUAUCCAGUGUCCCGAUUCAGCAAUGUCAAGUCUCUCCAGCACCUUUGCAGGUUCCGGAUCCGACAGCUCGUCAGGAUAGAUCACAUUCCGGACCUCCCACUACCUAAACCUCUGAUCUCUUAUAUCCGAAAGUUCUACUACUACGAUCCUCAGGAAGAGGUGUACCUGUCACUAAAGGAAGCUCAGCUCAUUUCCAAACAGAAGCAAGAGGUGGAGCCCUCCACGUAGUGAGGGGCCUCCUACUGGUCACCACCAAGGGCAUUUGGUUGCCAAGCUCCAGUUUUGAAGAACCAAAUGAAGCUACCGUAGAAAGAAGAGAGGGAACAGGAAGGGCUGGGAUUCUUCGUGUAGAGACUUUGCUUCUCCUGCGUGGCCCUGGGCCUGGAGGAAGCACACAGCCAUGCUGUGAGCUGGCCUGCCGUUCACACUCACUCUCGAGGGGUCCUGGAACUGGAUGAGCUCCUUGGAAAACUGGAAAAAGUCUCAACACUGUUUGUUUUUCAG